AUGGUUAAGUACUCUCGCACCCCGGAGGACAAGGCCAAGUCCGUGAAGGCCAUGGGCGUCGACCUGCGCACCUCUUUCAAGAACACCUACAACGUCUGCCAGGCCAUCAAGGGCUUCAAGCUCGAGGAUGCCAAGAAAUACUUGCAGGUAAUGAAGAUGCGAAAUUUAAAUUUAGAUGGGGGAACAUAAACAUUUGGUUUGUUUUGUGUCAACAUCUCAUGCAACAUCAUUUUGGUUUUUCGAGAAUGAUGUCAUACGUAAUGCGAUUCAAAAUAUUCGAAAAAACACCAAAACCCCAGGCUGUGAUCGAGAAGAAGCGCAUUAUUCCGUUCCGCCGCUUCAAGUCCGGUGUGAGCCGUGACGGACAGUGCAACGAAUUCAAGACCACCCAGGGUCGCUGGCCGGAAAAGUCCUGCAAGGUCGUCUUGGGCUUGCUCCGCAACGCCGAAUCCAACGCCGAAUUCAAGGAACUGUCCCCGGAGGAACUGGUAAGGAGUUAAUUUUUUCUUGUGAGUGCAAUUUUCAUUUUCCGAGUCAUGUUUAUUGCUAUAACAGUACAGCCUGUGCGAUUUUUCGGUCAUUCCUUGGUUGUACGUUUCGCUCCGUUUUGCAUUGUUUCCAUUGUGUGAGUGGACCACAGAUUUAGAUUUUGAUUUUCGUUUGAGAGACUACUUACUACCUAUCGCAGCCUAUCCAAGUUCAAGGGAUAAGUGUCGCAAUGUUCGAGAGAUGAAGUCCUCGCAAAUUAUCCACGAUUCUUCGCGAAAAAUAAAAAACAACAGGUCGUUUCCCACAUCGCCGUCCAGCGCGCUCGUCAGGGCCGCCGCCGCACCUACCGUGCCCACGGUCGUAUCAACGCGUACAUGAGCUCUCCGUGCCACGUCGAGCUCAUCCUCGCCGAGGAGUCCGAGCAGGUGUCCAAGCCGGCUGGCGAGAAGGUCAAGAAGUUCACCAAGAAACAGCUCGCCAAGAAGCGCGUCUUGGAAAGCAACUAAGGUUUUUUCUGAACAAUUUCAUCGGAGAGAACUCAUGCUACAAACUCGGUACUUGUGUUGAAGAAGAUGUGUUACAGUUGUGAAAAAAGCCCGAAGGAUGUUAGUUGACCUGAGCUUUUUGCUUUGUUGAUCAACAUGAUCGGGUUUUUUAGGACUGCAGAGACUACAGCAAAUGAGAGGCUCACAGGACCACUAUCGCGGCUAAGUAAUAAUCUAGGGGUUUGCGACGUCAAACAGUCAUACUGUCGUAGAGAAGAUGCUAACCUCUAGAACGACGCUGCGACUUGAAGCAAGACGAAGUGAGUUGGAACGAAACUACUCUGUCCC